CACUACGGAGGUUCAUCAUGGCGGGAUGCAUGAAAGUGACAAACGGUUUCACCUCUAUAAGUGCUAAAUUAAGGGUUUUCAUGGUGCUACUUAUCUAUAUAACCCAGACAUCAGAACAGCAGGUUACGGGUAACAAACAUCCUGUAACUGAUCUCCAGGAUGGAGAGGAGUACGUACUGUCAGGGUCCAACAGAUUCUGUUACAAAAACUCUGUGUUUCCGACUUGGAGGCAAACAUGGACAAGAAUUCAGGUCAAAGUGUGGAGUUCAAACGUGUUUAAGGUGGAAAUUGUGUCGGGUGAGGAGGAGCUGCAGGAGCUGGAUCGCUUCAGUGUCUGGGGCUGGUUUCAGAGCUUGUUACGUGAGCGGCACAAUGAAACCACGUUUAACAUCAACCUGUUCAGCAAGGAGACGUGCUUCAAGGUUGAUCCUGCUGACAGAACAAAGUACACUGUCAAGCCCCUUCGUAAGUUUGAUAUCUAUCUGUUUUUGGUUUUCCUCGCUGGAGCGUCUUUGUUUGUCUUUGCAGGAUCACUCAGCAGGAGUCCAGUUUUCUUCUACUCUGCUGGUAUGAGCACCGGCAUGAUCGCCUCACUCAUCAUCCUCUUUUUCAUUUUGGCACGCUUUUUGCCAAAGAAAAGCCCUUUUUACGUCUUGAUUGUUGGCGGCUGGUCGUUUUCUUUGUACGCCAUCCAACUCGUCUUCAGGAACCUUGGCGUGAUUCUGCGAGAACACUGGAACGUGGCUUUAGGUUAUGUAGCAGUGGUGGGAUUCAUCACAUUUGCUGUGUGCUACCGUUACGGUCCUCUGGUGGAUGCGAAGAGCAUUAACAUCUUGUCAUGGACGCUGCAGCUGUUUGGCCUUCUUCUGAUUUAUUUCGGGAUUCAAAUUCAGCAAGUUGCAUUUGCCAUCAUCGUGGCAGCUGUGUUCUCCAAACAUCUGCAGUACCCAGUGUGUCUGACGGUUGCUGCAUGGAGGAAAAUCAAAGGGUAUGUUCGCUGGAAGCCGGAGCCACGUCGCCUGUUGACUGAGGAAGAGUUUCAAAAGCAGGGGGAGGAAGAGACUCUGCGUGCUCUGGAGGAGCUGAGGAAGCACUGCAGCAGCCCAGAGUUCAGCCCCUGGAAGGCAGUGUCCAGGCUGCAGUCCCCGAAAAGGUUUGCUGAUUUCAUUGAAGGGUCUCCUCACUUGAUGUCAAACGAGGUGUCUGUUCACGUGCACGAGUACGGCUUUGGAGGAUCUUUUUUUGAGGACGAGUUUUUUGACACAGACGAUGAAGACGAACUUAAGCCUAUGCUGAUACCGGAGUGAGACCGCUGUGUUGAGAGACGUACGAAAAACAGUCGGACAAUUCUAUUAUUGCCUGUCAGAAAGGUGGCCAGAGGUCGGCUCUCCGUGGCUUCGACGCAAACGUCCGGACUGACUCGGUGAUGAACGCGGAGGCCGGAUUAAGAAAACUCUGGAUUGUGAUAUCGGUCAGAGGAGCCACCUUGAGUCCAGACUCUGAACGAAAAACAGGCAGAACAGUGUGGUCACAUCUGUUAUCGGCUUAAAGAAAUGUCAAAGAAAUGUCAAAGUAAUGUAGUUUCAAAGAAUGUGCGCUAAAGCCAAAUCUCUUCUUCUUUAGGGAACUAAGGCCUCUGUUAAAUUUGAGGUUGCAAAAAAUGGUGGCGCUGCGAUUAGGGCCUUUUUUUUUUUUGGAGGUCAAAGCAAUUUAACUUUUUACAGUGUGAUGGGAGCUCGUGUUGUCUUUAGCUUAGGAACGGUUUUAAAGUUUUAUUUUUCUAAACAUGUGUUCACAGCCCUUAACCUCUAAAUGUGUUCUGAGUGUAAAGUUAGACGUAAAGUACACCAUGUGAUACGGUCGUGGUUAUUAUUCUAUCUUUCAUUGUUUUCAUGGUCAUAAAUCAGGAGAAGUGUCUCCAAAGUAUUUUGAAUAAAAACUAUACUUGAACUCA